GGAACUGCCGCCCCUUCCCCCCCCCCAUGACCUCGGAGGCUCUUCAGGAGGCUCCUUGGUGAACCCUCUUCAGACGGGUCCCGUGUGCCUCCCUUCCUCCCUGUGCCUUUAAAGCCCCCCCCCCCGACGCCAGCGCUUGCUUUCUCCGUCCCUCCCUCCCACCUACCUUAAGACAUUGAGCUCUCCCUGCCUUUGUGUCAGGCAAGCCCCCCCUUUUGAGUACAAGCCCCCCACACACACACACCUCAGUUCCUCCCCUGCUCACACAGCCGUGCCAUGCGUUUCUCGUUGGUUCUGUCCCUCCUGCGCCCUGUGGGGCCUGUGGUGGUCGGGGUGUCUCUAGGCUUCACGCUCAGCCUUCUUAGCGUUACCUGGGUCGAGGAGCCUUGCGGGCCUGGCCAGGGCAACCUCGGAGAUGGGAGUCUGGAGCAGCAGCAGCAUCAAGCCGGGCAGAGCAACGCUGCCCGCAAGCCGAACUCUGUGCCCGGGGGCCUGGGCACAGAGCCUGAACAGAGCUGGGAGCCCCGCGUCCUGCCUUACAAGCCUCCAAACCCAGGCAAGCCCGCCAAGAAAACGAUCAGGACCCGAUACAUCAGCACAGAGUUGGGCAUGCGACAACGUCUUUUUGUGGGGGUGCUGACCUCAAAGAACACAUUGCAUUCCUUGGCAGUAGCAGUGAACCGCACACUAGGGCAUCGGCUUGAGCGGCUGGUCUACUUCACAGGCACACGGGGGCGCAAAGUGCCACACGGCAUGCUGGUGGUGACGCAUGGUGAUGAGAGGCCUAUUUGGAACAUGUACCAGACCGUCAAGUAUGUGCUAGACCAUUAUAUGGCUGACUUCGACUGGGUUUUCCUGGUACAAGAUGACACCUACACAGAAGCUCAUCAUGUGACCCGCUUGGCCUCUCAUCUCAGCAUUGAUACUCUGCUUUACAUGGGCCGUCCUGAAGAGUUCAUUGGUGGAGAUACUCCAGGACGUUACUGCUAUGGUGGCUUUGGCUAUCUGCUUUCCCGGGCCCUGCUCCUGCGCCUACAGCCUCACUUGGAAAGCUGCCGGAAUGACAUCCUCAGUGCCCGUCCUGAUGAAUGGUUGGGGCGAUGCAUCAUUGACUACACAGGAGUGGACUGUGUGGCAGAGCAUGAGGGCUUACGAUACCAGUACUUUGAGCUUGGGAAGAACACAGACCCUGAGAGAGAGAGUGAUCCACGAUUCAAUGCUGCAUUCACUGUCCAUCCAGUGCUGGAUCCUGUCCAGAUGUACAGGCUCCACAGAUACUUUGCCCGUGUAGAGCUGGAGCACACUUACCAGGAAAUUCAGCAACUGCAGCUGGAAAUCCAGAACACCAGUAGCCUUUCUGCAGAUGGCGACUUGAGUGCCACGUGGCCCAUUGGCAUUGCUCCUCCUUUCCAGCCCAAGACCCGCUUUGAGGUGCUGCGCUGGGAUUACUUUACUGAAGAGGCAGCUUUUGCCUGUGUGGAUGGGGCCCCCAAAUGUGAACUUCGAGGGGCAGACGCUGCUGAUGUGGCCGAUGUGGUCACUGCAGCAGUGGAGGAGCUCAACCACCGAUACCAGCCAGUGCUUCAUAUACACAAGCAGCAGUUGUUGAAUGGCUACCGUCGCUUUGACCCCACUCGGGGCAUGGAAUACACUCUGGAUCUGCAACUGGAGGUGGUGACUCAGAAAGGGCACAGCCGCUCCCUGGCCAAGCGAGUCCAUCUGCUGCGCCCCCUCAGUGAGGUGGAGAUCAUCCCAAUGCCUUAUGUAACAGAGGCUAGUCGGGUCAAUGUCAUCUUGCCACUGACAGCUCAAGAAAGAGACUAUGCUGCCCACUUCCUAGAGGUCUAUGCUGCAGCAGCUUUUGAAAAUGCAGAGAAUGCUGUGCUGACCUUCCUCUUCAUCUAUGACCCUUUUGAGGCUCAGCAGGUAGCUCAGAAUGAUGUCUUUGGGGCGGUGAAGGCACGCAUCACAGAAUAUGAGCGACGCUACACACAAGUAAAGAUCCCCUGGAUCAGUGUCAAGACAGAUGCCCCUUCCCAGAUCAAGGUGAUGGACAUAAUUUCCAAGAAGCACCCUGUGGACACACUCUUCUUCGUGGCAGGGGUGAGCACGGAAGUCACCAUCGAAUUCCUCAACCGGUGCCGCAUGAAUACCAUCAACAGCUGGCAGGUUUUCUUCCCUAUCCACUUCCAGGGCUACAACCCCACAAUUGCAUUUCACAACCAACCAUCACCUCUUUCUGGCUUGGAUCUUGUGCGUGAUGCUGGCCACUUUGACCGAGAUGCUUUCAAUGAAGCAUGCUUCUACAAUGCGGACUAUAUGGCAGCCCGCACCCGAAUGGCAACAGAUGCCCAGGACAAUGAGGAUAUACUGGAGACCAUGGACAUCUAUGACCUUUUUGUCAAGUAUUCAAACUUGCACGUGUUCCGUGCAGUGGAGCCAGCCCUGCUGCAGCACUACCGGCCUCAGAGUUGCAAUCCCCGGCUGAGUGAGGAGCAGUAUCACCGUUGUGUUCAAAGUAGCUUGGAAGGCCUGGGCUCCCGGGCCCAGUUGGCCAUGGUACUCUUUGAGCAGGAACAAGGCAACAGCACAUGAGCAUGGGGCCUGCAUUGACCGGCCUCACCUCUCCCCUGCGCUCACUUUCCAUAGUGGCAGAGGAGAGUUGGAAAUGACUGUUAGGGCUCUGAACCUAGGGUGGGACUUUGCUUGGCCUGGCUGGCUGUUCUGCAGGCAGUUGUGGAGAAUGGGAUUCAGAAUUGUGGAUUCCUUUCCUGCACUUGUCUUGUUGUGUUCCCUACGCAAGUACAGGGAUCAUCCAGAGCUUAGUGGUGCUACAAGCUUCGAAUGAAGGGCAGGCAGGACCUGUCCUGGGAUUUCCUGCCUGGGAUUGAUCUGUGUUACACCCCUGUCUUAGGAGGGCUUUCUGCAGAAGCAAAAGGAAAGGUGGCCUGGAGUAUGUUGGAACUAGAGGAGGCUGGAUUGUGGGACAGAAUCUUGGCCUUUCAGGUGAGGCACCUAGCCUGUCAGGAGCACUGUGGAGCUCUGUGACUGCUGUUUCCUUGUUAAUGCUUUAAACUGAGGUAAGAGGAAACUUGUUCUGUGCGGGUGGGAAAGCAAAGAGUUCCUUUUGUUCUCUUGCUCAGUGACAUUCCUCCUGGAAACCCUGACUCGGGCUGCUUCAGCCUCAGAUUAGUAGUGGAGGUGAGGAAAGGGGGUUACAGAUCUGAGGGUAGUUUUCAAGGAGAGUCAUCCUGCCCCUGCUGCUAGGCUGGCUCUGGCACGGUGGGAAUGGCCUCUAUUCCUUGGGUUACCUGCUGUCUUUCUUGCUGCUGGCUGGAAUGGAAGUACAUGGACUUUGUCUACAUCACAGCUUUGUGCAGCUGCCCAGACACUUCAGUGGCAUGAAUUGUGCUGCAAGGCCCAGAAUGGGGGAAAGGAUAUGGAACUUGGCUCUCCAGUGGAUUUAUAUUUAUAAUGUCAGGUUGGGGACUAAAAUUUGUCUUGCAUUUUAAUAAACUGGAGCAAAGCACAA